UGGAGACCAAUUGUCAAACAAACAUGUCCGUGAAACGGGGAUGUUAUUAAUGUGUUAUUUCAUUCAGCUCCUUUUAGGACGCCAUGAUACGCCAUGGGGUGCAUGCAUGCAUGGUGAUGUGAUGCCCACCCUGCAAAUCUAAUCUAAAGACUUGAGAAAAAUUGGAAACUUGAGAGAGGUGGACCUCUUGCAGGAGUGACACCACUGGAAGCAUGGCAAGCACUGCAAGGGUCGCAAGUCAGCGUGAUGAUGACCGAAGAGCUGCGAGAAAAGGCGAAGAUCGCUUUCCAGCGAGAGGAGGUGGUUUUUCUACACCACGUGGUGGCAGUGGCUUUUCCGGCGCUGCCCACUCUCAACGCGGCGCGGAAGGCGCUCCGCCAGGGGCGCGUGCUGGUGGAUGGCGUUGUGAAGAAGCAGCACGAUGCGUUGGCUCCGGUCCCAGGUAGCAUAUUGUUGGCCCACCUCGGAGCAGUGGACAGCAUCCUGCCACAGGUCGAAGGAUUGCUGCAGGCGUGGAACAGCAAGUCGGAGAGGCCAGAAGCCCGAAUAUAUCUAAUUCAAUCAGAUCCCGUUGCUGGCUGGGCCGUCGUGAACAAGCCCUGUGGGAUGCACUGCAAGCCCUGUGGUUUCAACACUGGGCUUGUGACGCUGGAAGGAUACCUUCCCGCGUUGGUCGAGCCCCCUUUGACUGGGACACACUGUCGUUGUCCCCGUGUUUGCCAUCGACUGGACUUUCGCGUUUGUGGGCCCGUACUGGUGGCCACGGCCGAGGAGACCAUGCGAAGGCUGAAGGCAUCCUUCGAGCAUCGCAAGGUGAAGAAAGAGUACCGCGCCAUUGUUUGCGGACGUGUGGGGGAGCCCGGAAGCCACUGGAGCAUCUCAGCACCCGUGGAGGGCGCAGAUGCAACGACAGAGAUCCAAGUUCUCAGCGUCGUGAGGUGUCCCCACUUUGACUUUUUAUCCGAGUUGAAGCUCAUUCCGGUGACCGGACGCCACCAUCAACUCCGCCAGCACUGCGCGCUUCUCUUGGGAGCACCCAUCGUCAACGAGGAGCGUCCGCUCUUUCGGGCGGCUGCAGAAGCUUGGCAACGACGGACUGGGAGUGCCUUGCCACCCUACCACGUGCGGGGAGGUGGCAAUCUCUUUCUUCAAGCAGUGGGCAUCACCUUUCCCGGUGACGACGAUGACGCGGUGACCACGACCGUGGAAGUCUCGGUGUCCAGUCGCUUCGAGCGGUUGCUCCGGACCUCUCAGAGAGCCUUCGAGGAGGGCUGGCGCUCCACGAGGGACGGACGGACCGUGCAGCUCUCGGUGGAUGGAAAAACGGUGGGCGUUGUUUGGGGGGGCCGGAAGAGCUGCUGGGUCAAGUUGAAGAUUUUCAGAAGAAUGAGGCCUUGCUAUUGGCCUUGCUUUGGCCUUCAUCUUUAA